GGGACCGAAACCUCGCCCCGGACGAGAAGCGCAGCAACGUGCGGUGGGACCACGAGAGCGUUUGUAAAUAUUAUCUCUGUGGUUUUUGUCCUGCGGAAUUGUUUACAAAUACUCGAUCUGAUCUUGGUCCAUGUGAAAAAAUUCACGAUGAAAAUCUAAGGAAACAGUAUGAGAAGAGUUCUCGUUUCAUGAAAGUUGGCUACGAGAGAGAUUUUUUGCGAUACUUACAGAGUUUACUUGCUGAGGUAGAGCGUAGAAUUAGACGAGGUCAUGCUCGUUUGGCAUUAUCUCAAAAUCAGCAGUCCUCCGGGGCUGCUGGUCCAACAGGCAAAAAUGAAGAAAAAAUUCAGGUUCUGACAGACAAAAUUGAUGUGCUUCUACAGCAGAUUGAAGAGUUAGGAUCUGAAGGAAAGGUAGAAGAAGCUCAGGGAAUGAUGAAAUUGGUUGAACAGUUAAAAGAAGAGAGAGAAUUGCUAAGAUCUACAACCUCGACUAUUGAAAGUUUUGCUGCCCAAGAAAAACAGAUGGAAGUUUGUGAAGUGUGUGGAGCCUUUUUGAUAGUAGGCGAUGCCCAGUCCCGGGUAGAUGACCAUUUGAUGGGAAAACAACACAUGGGCUAUGCCAAAAUUAAAGCCACCGUGGAAGAAUUAAAAGAAAAGCUAAGAAAAAGAACAGAAGAACCUGAUAGGGAUGAACGUCUCAAAAAAGAGAAGCAAGAAAGAGAGGAAAGAGAAAAAGAGCGCGAGAGAGAAAGGGAAGAGCGGGAAAGAAAAAGACGAAGAGAAGAAGAAGAAAGAGAGAAAGAAAGAGCUCGUGAUAGAGAAAGGAGAAAGAGAAGUCGAUCACGAAGUAGACACUCAAGCCGAACUUCUGACCGGAGGUCCCGGGACCAUAAAAGAUCACGGAGUAGAGACAGGAGGCGAAGCAGAAGUAGAGAUCGACGAAGAAGUAGAAGCCAUGACAGAUCAGAAAGAAAACAUAGAUCUCGCAGUCGGGAUCGAAGAAGGUCAAAAAGCCGAGAUCGAAAGUCAUAUAAACACAGGAGCAAAAGUCGGGACAGAGAACAAGAUAGAAAGUCCAAGGAGAAAGAAAAGAGGGGAUCUGAUGAUAAAAAAAGUAGUGUGAAGUCCAGUAGUCGAGAAAAACAAAGUGAAGACACAAACCCUGAAUCGAAGGAAAGUGAUACUAAGAAUGAGGUCAAUGGGACCAGUGAAGACAUUAAAUCUGAAGUGCAGCGUAAGUAUGCACAGAUGAAGACGGAUCUAAGCCGAGUAAGAAGACAUACAAAAGCCUCUUCUGAAGGAAAAGACAGUGUAGUCCUGCAAAACAUUUUGAGCGUUGGUGUUGUGAGCGGCCCAUGAAAAGCCAAAUUAGAAAUCAAGGAUUCAGUCAAACUAAGCAGGUACUCAUGCCAGGUACUCCUUUCUCUACCCACAUCCGUGUUUGAAUGCUAUUGCCUGUGACCUUUACGCUUAACUGUUGUCUAUCCUUUUGUUCUUUACAAGAAGCACAGAGGGGUUUUUCGUGUAUUGCGUGAAAUCUUACAAAUCAUGUUAACAGAAUGGAAUUUUUUUUCAACUGUGUGUAGGGAUGCAGUGGUGCCCAGAAUUAGAUAUCUUUAAAGAAUUUUAAAUACAAUAAACACCUCAUAUUAUCCGCCUUGUUACAUUCAGUGCAAUUCUCAAGUCUUUAAGAGGUAUGUGUUUAACAUUUCCUACUGUGUAGGAGAAUUUGCAGUCAGCCAUAGUAUAGAGGAAGUCACUGGCUGAGACAUUGAAAGCCACAGCAUGUAGCAAGGACAGACACUUGGAUCAGUGACAUGAAGACCUGAUUGAUUAUCAGAUGAGGUUGGGUUCUUAAAGAACUGUUUAAAGCUAGGUUUUAUAGAUGUUCUUAAAACCUCUAACUUCAGUCUUCGGGCUAGUGGUGUGGGAUGAAAUAAUCCUAAUGAAAGGAAGUACCAAUUAGUUGAUAAAUUGGUGGCAUUCCUGUUUUUAGAAAAGCAGUGUAGUAAUGUCUGUGUGAACCAUUCACACAUAGGCAGAAUACACUGGCACAUGGCUCUAAGAACCACAUUGAUGCCUUGAUGUAAAAACAAUACAGACAUUUCACAUACACAUGCCAUGAUUAGCAGUUAGCAACUGGGCCAACACUUAGUCAUAAAAUUUUACCUUUUAUAUGCUGUCUAAUUAUCAAUUUUCCCCAAAUUUUGCAUUGUAGGACUACUGUUGAAGAUUUUUUGAAGAAUACUGAAAACGGCAUACAGUGAAGAUCAACAUUAAAAUGAGGUGAAAGAAAGCUAUAGUGGCAUAGAGAAAGUAUAAAGCUCAGUUAGUUAUUUGUUUUUUUAUUAUUAUUAUUAUUAAAAAUUAAUUCAGGACUGUUGUGACCUACCAGAUUUCAGAACAUGUGUUAUUAGCACAUAUGCCACUUUGAAAACUUAGGUCCUGUAUCAUAUUUUUUUCUCUUAAGACUUUUUAAGAAAUAAUUACCUAAACAUGUGGCUUGCUGAGUGUUUAAUUGCAAGUUUUCAGUCUCGGACUUUGAAAACAGGAUUAAAAGUUAGUAUUCAUGUGAAGCAGACUGAGUGGGAUUCCAUUUUUACACUUCUGCUAUACUUAGUCUUUGGAUUUAGAAGUGAAAAUAAAGUAUCUCUGACUUUCUGUUACAGAGUUGAUUGUCUGUGUCAUUGAAAGGUUUUAGUAUUGCUUUUUUUUUUCUAAUAAAGCUAUUGACUCCAA